CCAUGCCUUCCUCAGGGCCUGGCCCCCAGACUGCCUGGCCAGGAAGACAGAGACCUAGAAUACUCCUGGACAGCCCAGGAAACUUCCCUCAUCAGCAAUGGGACCCCAAAAUGCGUCCUCUGUGGCUGAGUUCCAGCUCUUGGGGUUUCAGAGCCUCCUGGAAUGGCAAGGCUUCCUCUUCGCCGUCUUCCUGUGGGUCUACUUCCUCACCGUCGCUGGGAACGUGGUCAUCAUCGCCACGGUGAGCCAGGACCCCCGCCUGCACUCGCCCAUGUACACCUUCCUCAAGUCGCUGUCCUUGCUGGAGAUCCUGUACACCUCCACCAUCGUGCCCCGCCUGCUGGCCAACCUCGCCUCCCGGGGCCACGCCAUCUCCUUCUCCGCCUGCAUGGUGCAGCUGUAUUUCUUCGUGUGCUUCGGGGCCACAGAGUGCUUCCUCCUGGCCGUCAUGGCCUAUGACCGCUACCUGGCCAUCUGCAGCCCACUGCACUACUCCUCCCUCAUGAGUUCAGACGUCUGCAGCAGGCUGGUGGCGCUCUGCUGGCUCACGGGCCUGGGCACGGGCUUCCUGCCUUCCCUGAUGAUCUGCAGGCUGGACUUCUGCGGGCCCAACCGGAUCAACCACUUCUUCUGCGACCUCCCACCGCUGAUGCAGCUCUCCUGCUCCAGCAUCCGCAGCGCAGAGCUGGCCAUCCUCGUCCUCUCCGUCGCAGUGCUGUGCAUUUGCUUUUUCCUGACCCUCGUGUCCUACGUCUUCAUCGUGUCCUCCAUCCUGAGAAUCCCGUCCGCCUCGGGCCGCUCGAAGACCUUUUCCACCUGCGGCUCCCAUCUGGCAGUUGUCACCAUCUACUACGGGACCAUGAUCUCCAUGUACGUGCGCCCCGACUUGCACCUGUCGCAGGAAGUCAACAAGAUCAUCUCUGUCUUCUACACCGUGGUCACUCCGCUGCUGAACCCUGUUAUCUACAGCUUGAGGAACAGCGACUUUAAGCAGGCCGUCAGGAGAGCGGUGCGGAGGAAGCGCGGCGUCUGCGGGUGAGGCCGGGAGCUCCUCACCUGGCAGGAAGCGUCUUCGCCGGCACACGAGAAUGGAGGCAGCGGCGGGAGCAGGGCUUGGCGUGUUCACUGAGCAUGGUUGGUGCUGCGUGGGGUUCUGCAAGAGGCAAUGAAGCAGUUUCUUGAGGAUCCCUUGCCAGCAACUGAUCACAGAAUAAAUUCUUCCUUUGGGGGCAGUUUGCCCUUAGACACUUUCAUUUUUCUUUCGAUGGAAAUCUCACUGUACAAUUCUAGUGCGUGGUGAUUGAGUGCACAUUACCUUCAGUUUCGACCACAAAAUUCCUGAUUGCAUUUUUAGAGCCGUUAUCCCUGUGCAUAGAGAAAGUUCUUCGUUUUUACAUGCUGUGAGGAGGCUGGACUUGUAGACCUAAAACCUGGUGGAUGACACUGGUACUUAUUAAAUAGCUGUAAAAAACAAUGGAUGUAAAAAGAAAAAACAAUCAGAUAUCUAAAAUGGUUAUUGCCCUGGAUUAUCUGUUAGUAAUAAUAAAAAACGGAGGGUUGCUGACGGGCCAAACAUCUAUCUUAAGAAGUUAGACUAUUAUUAAUGCUUUUUAAAAUGGAAUUCUAAGAAACAAUGAAAGACAAUGAAAAGGGAGAAAUGAAGAAAGAAGGAAGAAGGGAGAUAUCAAGAAAGGAGCAAGGAAGGAUGGCUGCAUAGAGAGAGAAAAGAAAAAGAAGAUCUGAAGGACUUUGUGCUGUUGUAAGCCUGGGAGUCAAAGGCUGCACACUGCAGUGUUUAAACCCCUGUCCUUUUCUCUGUAACUCAGCUGCGUGCAGGAGACCUCUGCACGUCUGCCCAUCGUCCCCGCAGGGAUCUCCAGACCCUGUUUCAAUCUGCAGUCUGAAUUGUCCACAGGUGAAGUGGGAUAGAAAGGGCCAAGAUGACAUUGCUUUAAUGGAGCAGCAUGUCUAGAAAGGAAGAGAUACACAGUGAGUGACACAGAAGCGCUUGAUGUAUUUUACACAGGAUGACCUUUGAAGCAGCAAGGUACCAGUGGGUUCAUAAACUUAGAGCAGCAAGGUCUGCAUCAGCACCCAGGGUUAGAAAAGCUCUCUGUUCAUUCUGUGCUUUGCUUCACAGGGCGAGGAUGAGAUGUGGACCUGGCCAGGGGCACAGCAGGAGUGACGGAAGGAGGCUGAGGGAGUGGGGAGGUGUAUAUACGAAGGCAUAUACACAUAUACUUAAGCAACAAUUAAAUUAAGCUAAUUAUCAUAUUCCUCGCCCUGCAUAGAGUAAUUGCAUUUUUUGCAGUGAGAAUAUUUAAUGCCUCUAUUAGCGAUUUUCAACGGUGCAGUAUAUUAUUUUUAGCUCUGGUCACCGUGUCAUCCUGCAAAAGACUCUCAGAACUCUCUCCACUUGUCUGACAGAAGCUCUGAGCCCUUGGCCCUCUCCCGCUCGCCCGUGCUGGGUCCAGGGCUCUAGAGUCACUCACCGCACUGCUGUAUCUGUACUCCAACCCUCUCCGCCCCGCGCCUUCUUCUGGUCGCCUGCGCCCUGCUCUACUUCUGUGCACUCAUCUUAUUUCUGAUACCACAUAUCAGAGAUCACGAGUACCACAAGUAUUUUUCAUUUUGGGUCCGGCUUCAUUCCACUUGCAAAAUGUCUCCCACGUUCACUUACGUUGUUACAACGACAGCAUCUCCUACUUUUAUGAAGCUGGAUAACCCUUCCUCCCUCACAUACACCACAGUCUUUAACCAGCCGUCCAUGUGAACGUGUGGUAGUUUCUUGCCAAUAAGGCUAGAGGAGAAUGAGACUGCAGAUAUGUUUACAAGGUGCUGAUUUAACUUCCUUCAGAAAAAAAAAAAAAAAA